AUGCUGGCUCUGAGGCUCGUCGCCCGCCGCUAUUCUGGCAACAAACUGUGGCUCGACGACCUGUUCCAGAUACUGGGAGCCAUUGUGAUGAUACCUCUUCUCGCGCUCGCCAUCAUGGUCAGCAUUCAUGGGCUAGGGAAGCAUGUUUACGACAUCGAAUUCAAGAAUUCAUAUACAGACGUCUUCAAAUACUAUUAUCUCACGGAAGUCAUGUACCACGUCCACAGCACCCUCAUCAAGCUUUGCAUGCUGUUCCUCUACCUCCGCAUUUUCCCUGAUAGACUCACAAAAGGCCUGGUCUAUGGCGGUAUCUCUUUCCUGGUGGUGUCACAGGUCAUCGUGACCUUCUUCACGAUCUUCCAAUGCAAACCAAUACAAGCGGUCUACGACUUCGACAUCAAGCAGAAGCAGUGCCUUAGCAUCACCGACAUCGCUGCCUCGGGGACGGCCUUCAACAUCGCGGCCGAGCUGGUGAUCUUCUUCAUCCCGAUCCCCGUCGUCAGCUCCCUACAGAUGAGCAAGGCCAAGAAGAUCGGGAUCCUCUUCUUGUUCAGCGUCGGACUUGUCACAAUCGGCGUUGCCUGCGUCCGCGCCCCGACGCUCACCGCGCUCAGCGACCAGCGCGACAUCACCCGGAGCCUCGCGCCCACCUUCGUCUGGUCGUGCGCCGAGCUGACGGCCAGCAACGUCGUCGUGACGCUGCCAGCCGUGAGCCAGUUCCUGCACGCAGGCCUCAGCAGGGUCACGAGCAGCGUGCAGUCCUGGGUCAGGAAGACGGAGAAGACGGCGGUUGGCACACGCAUCUUCGGGCCCAUGACCCGCAGGCUCAAGGGCAGGGGCAAGACACUGCCGCAUCGCCUCGACACCAUGGCCAGCUUCGACUCGCUGGGACCUAUCACGCUGACAACGGUUGUCAAUCCUACUGGUGGGGGUGAUGAGAAGUGGAGGUAA